CUUGGACUUCCAAAUGCUUGUCAAGUCAGUUAAAUCAUAUCUCAGAAUCAGAAAAUCAACGCUGAGUUUCCCCAGCCUACCAAACUUCUCACCCAACAUGUCAACAACCCCUCCCACCCGCAGCAUCUUCACCAACCCAGCAGCCACCUCAUACACCUCCAGUCCUUCCCCAGCAAUAACAUCCAACGCCAUUUACUCAUUCCACAAAUCCCUCCCAACAUACACCCACCCAACCUCGCUCAUCCCCCUCCCCAACCUCAACCUCAACCUCAAACUCGCCUCAUCUACCAGUACCCAUCUCAAAAACCUCUACAUCAAAGAUGAAUCCCACCGCCUCGACCACCUCCCCUCCUUCAAACCCCUCGGUCUCUCCUGGGGGAUCCGCAACGGUCUAAUCGCCGAGCUCUCAGAAGAAAGCCAAACACCUAUCUCACCCUCCAUCUCCCUCUCCGAUCUCGCUACCCAGGCCAAAGCAGCACAAAUGAAACUCAUCGCCGCCAGUGACGGGAACCUAGGACAGGCUGUUGCGAGAAUAGGUAAGGUUUUGGGCGUAGAGGGGAUUAACAUCAGGAUUUUCAUCCCAAGCGAGGCGGAUGAGAGGGUGAGGGUGGUUGAGAGUGUGAGGAGGGAGGGCGCAGAGGCGAUUGUUGUACCAGGGGAGGGACAGGGAGGGAUGGAUGAGGCGGUUAGGGAGGCGUGGUUGCAUUCUGUGGCUGUGGAUGGGGUGAUGGUGGGUGUUGAGGAGGAUGAGAAUUAUGAGGAUAUUCCGAGGGUAAAGUUGCUUACCUUGCCUUACCUUGCCUUACCUUGCCAUACUCUCCUUUCUCCUCAUCUCAUCUCAUUGCAAAGAUCAGGACGGGGAAAUUUGGAAGAAGAAGAAAUGAGCUAACGUGUGUGUUUGUGUGUGUUUAAUAGUGGAUCGUAGAAGGCUACUCGACGAUUUUCAAAGAGCUGGAUGAGCAGCUGGGGGGAGGUAAACCCCCAGAUUGGAUUAUCGUCCCUAUGGGGAUCGGAGGCCUCGCUCAAGCUGCUGUGACGCAUUAUAAAGCCCCGCGCUUAUGGGGCCAUGUCACUCGUAUUUUGGCAGUAGAAGCCCAGACAGCAGCUUCUUUACACACUAGUCUCAAAGCAGGCGAACUCUCCACUGUGGAAGUCGGAGACACGAUCAUGAAGGGUAUGAAAUAUGGGACAGUUGCCAGAGCCGCGUGGCCGGUCUUGAAGGAGGGCGUGGAUGCGAGUGUGGUUGUGGAUGAUGCGGAGGUGGAGGCCGCGAUGGAGAAGCUGGAGAGGGAGGGAGUGGAUGUUGGGCCUUGUGGUGGGGCAGUGCUGGCUGCUUUGGAGGAGGUUUUGAAGGAUGAGGUGUUGAGGAGGGAAUUGGGGAUGGGUGAGGAUGUGACGAUUGUCUUGGUUAGUACAGAUGGUUCGGGAGAUAGGUAAUCAGAUCUAUUUGCUGUGUUAUUGUCUGUGUUUUGUCG